UUUUGCUUUAUUAUGAAUUCCGGAUGGAAGCGUUCCGAAAGUAAAUGUAUAACCAGAUGGAGCUGACUUCGUCUGCUAUCAUUCCACUGUAACCACGACUUUUAAAAAACAUGGACUAUCUAGAUGUCAAAGAAUUCGAACAUUAACUCAUAAUUCAGUCAGGUUUUUUUUCGCCAGUGUUCCAGAUCACUAGAGCGAAUUUCAAGAUUUGAAUGCACUGCAGUGUGUGAAGAUAUUUAAUUUUUAUCACGCAGAAUGUCUCGGAACUUGUUCUAUUGCCGGAUAGGCGCUGGACUAGGAAUAACGUGUGUCACUGUGACCUGCCUUCUCACGAUAGAUAUCGUCAUCGCAGUAGAGCAUCCACGACUCCUCAUAGACAGCGACAGGGCAUGCUCUAUGAAGGCAGCAUUUUCUUUGUUCGUCAUGUCUACGAUAGCACAGUUUAUGAUGGGGAUAAUUGACAUAGUGCUUUUGUGUAAGCCAAAAAAUGAGGAAGCCACUUCGAACACGGAAUGCAAGCAUUUCAAGAUAAUCAUUCAUUUCUGUUCAGGUGCUGGUAUCUUCAUAGCAUCGCUCAUCUACGGCAUCAAAUACCCGGGGAGAGUUCGCUGGUCUUUUUGGAUGGCUCUAGUUGCUGGAUUUUUUGCUAUUGCUAACGCUGUCCUGUGGUUGUUGACACAACAAACGAAAAGGUACCUCGAAAAAGCAGGAGUUAACGUGAAGAAUCUCGAGGACGGUAAGAUGGCUGACGGAACUGAGAGAGAAUAAAUGUUCACUGUGCAACAAUUGAAAAUGGAAUACAACGCUUGAUGACCGUGUUUAGGAAUGUGCAAGAAAAAACGUGAUGAUACUUUUAAGCUAACACCAUAGCUACCUUUUAUCUUCUUUCAGAAUAUUGUAUCGAGCAGACAUUAGCAAAAAAAAAAAAAAAAAAAUAAACAUGCGUAGCCACUCCUCUCCCUGUAAUACCAACAGUACAUACACAUCGUUUUAGUAAUACAUAGGUAUAUAAUUAGACGGGCAUUUUGAUCUCUAUUUAGACUCUGAAUAUUACCACAAUGAGCUGUUUUGAGAUAUGAUCGAGACUGGACAUGGAUACCUUCACAGUGACGACGUUAAUUAGUGGGAUACCGUCAUGUAUAACUUUCGGUUUAUCCAAGGUACUGUAAACGUACUUAUUUUAGCGGUAGUUUAAUUUUAGCGCUUUUCGCGAUCUUUGUGGAGCACUAAUUCAUGUACAGCGCUAAAAUUUUGAAUUUAAGACUGAAUAUUUACACAAGUGUACUAACUUAUAACGGUAGUCAAUGCAAGCCGGCGGCCAUCAAUUGUCGAUACCACUACUAGCUAGAAUAUUCCAUUGAUAUCAAACAGGGGGAAUAUAUCCAACACAGGUAAAACCUGAUAUGCCCUAUUGAAGUAGUAGGAAAUCCCAAUAGCUGGAUAGAACGGUUUACAAAUCACAAAAAAAAAUACUGUCUGUAAACUCAACUUUUAUUACCAACACCACACAAACGAUAAUAAAU